AGUCAGUUCACUAGUCGAACAUCAAAUUAAAUUCCACAUGAAAAUUUCGGUUCCAGCUUUAGUGCUAUUAAUUGCCACCCAAAUUCAAGCCAAAUGCAAUGUUUGUAAUAAAACAUCUCUAUUUGCAUGCUUCAGCAUCGAUCAAUUUAUCCCAUGCGAUGUAAAUGGUGUCUUUGAUCUAGCUGCAUUAGGAACUUGCUCGUCAGGAAUGGUUUGUAAUCAGAAUUUAGGGGGAGGUUCAUCAUGUGGGGUGUUAUCAAGUGGAGUAAGCUGUAAAAUUGCAAAUAUUCCAUUAAAAAUACCUGCUACGACUUUAACUCCAAUAACUACGACUUUACCUCCCACGACAACGACUUUAGCUCCAACAAUUUCAACUUUACCUCCCACGACAACGACUUUGUCUCCCACGACAACGACUUUGUCUCCCACGACAACGACUUUGUCUCCCACGACAACGACUUUACCUCCUACGAUGACAACCAUGCCUGCAACAACCACAACAAUGGAGCCAACAACCACAACAACAUCCCCAACAACUUCAACAACCACAAUAACGACAAAACAAACUACUCCUUUGGCUUUAUUUAAUGUUAAUGCCUUUUGUUUAGCAAAGGCCACAGGCAGAUAUGCUCAUCCUUCUUAUACAACAUGUGCUAGUUAUGUGUAUUGCUUCUCAAAUGGUACAGCCAUGAUUGGUGCUCCAUACACUUGUACAGCUUCAACAUGGUUUAAUCCUAUCACCCAAUAUUGUGAUCCAGCUUUCAUAUGCGUUUAAAUUUAUUUGCAGUUGUUUUGUGAUUAAAUUUAUAAAAAUAUUUUAAUAAA